CGCCUUACGCAUGCGCGGGUGGGGGGCGGGCAGCAGGGCGUUGGAACGUGGCCGCCUGGCGGGACAGAAUGGGGCUAAAUGUAAGGGCCGUUUUCUUCGACCUGGACAACACACUCAUCGACACUGCCGGGGCGAGUAGAAAAGGCAUGUUGGAGGUGAUUAAGCUCUUAAAAUCAAAAUACCAUUAUAAAGAAGAGGCUGAAAUCAUCUGUGACAAAGUUCAAGUUAAACUCAGCAAGGAAUGUUUUCAUCCUUCCAAUACGUGCAUUACUGAUCUAAGGACUUCACACUGGGAAGAAGCAAUCCAGGAAACAAAGGGUGGUGCAGCCAAUAGGAAAUUGGCUGAAGAAUGUUAUUUCCUGUGGAAAUCUACACGUUUACAGCAUAUGACACUAGCAGAAGAUGUCAAAGCCAUGCUCACUGAACUUCGAAAGGAGGUCUGCCUACUUUUAUUAACAAAUGGAGACAGACAGACCCAGAGGGAAAAGAUUGAGGCUUGUGCCUGUCAGUCCUAUUUUGAUGCUAUCGUUGUAGGUGGAGAACAGAAAGAAGAAAAACCAGCACCUUCCAUAUUUUAUUACUGCUGUGAUCUCCUCGGAGUACAGCCUGGGGACUGUGUGAUGGUUGGUGACACACUAGAAACAGAUAUACAAGGAGGCCUCAAUGCAGGGCUGAAAGCAACAGUCUGGAUAAAUAAAAAUGGAAUAGUGCCACUGAGGUCAUCCCCCAUGCCACAUUAUGUAGUUUCUUCUGUGCUAGAGUUACCUGCUCUGUUACAAAGCAUAGACUGCAAAGCAAAUAAAAGGACAUGAUUAUGUAUUUUACAGAAUUUGAACUAAGAAAAGUUAAGGCAUUUCUUAUACUAUGACCUAGUUCUAAGAAUAAUUUUACUUAUUUAAUAAUUUUACUUAUUAUUUAAUAGCCAACCAACCACUGGCUGGUAUUUAUAUAUGGAAAUACAGAACACAUUAAUACAGUUAGCUUUGGUAGUAUGGUCAAAAAAUUUGAAGACAUGUAUUAUUUGUUAAUCUGUGACUUGAAGUUUUUUUAAAAAUUAUUUUAUAAAUCUUUUAGCAUCUUGGAUCCAAGAAGAUAUCAAGCAGGACAGCUUAUACAUGGAUGCAAAAUACAGGUUUUAUGUUCUGGCUUAAAAAUAGAUAUUUUUAAAAAAUAGACAUUCUAAAUCAUAUAAUAGAAAUUUAUCAGAGCAACUGAUAAAUAAGUCAUGCAAAUAAGUACUAAGUAAUGCAAAUUAAGGCAUUUCAUAGAUUAUCUUGUGUAUUUUAUUUUUAAAAAAUUUGUACACCAUAUUUUUACUUGCUUUGAAUGUAUACUUUCUUUUAUGAAUCUAAUUUUUCUUCAUGAUCUUUUUUGGAGGGAGGGAGCUUUCAAUUUUCCUGUGAUGUAUACAUGACAAAAAAUUCCUCCAGUAAAAUAAUCUGUUAAAAAUCAA